AUGCACCACCACCACCACCAGCAGCCGCAGCGGGGGCCGCUCCCGCCGACGCAGGCCUUAGAGGCGGCGGCACGGGCGCGCGCGGCGGAGCAGAUGGCGCUCGAGGACGCGUGGAAGGCCCUCAACCCGGACUUCAGGACGCCCUUCGCCUCCGUCGAGGACGCCGUCAGCAGGUUGCUGCCAUACCAUGUCUUCGCGGACUACGAAGAGGAUGACGAUGUCGUUGAUGCCACCGGCGGCGGCAGCAGCAGCAGCAGCGUCGCCACCGCGACGGAGAAUUCAAGCUCGCAGAAAUGGGAGGACCACAUGGCCGUCACAGUGGAAGGUUUUCUCGAGGUCUUCGAGAAGCAAGUGCUGACCUUCAACGUCAUGAACCAGCAGCGCGCGGCGGGCCUCAACCGCGCCGAGGAGCAGCUCAUUCUGGAGAGGGCGCUGUACGAAGACGAGCGCUCGCAGGUGGAGCGCUUGCGCGCGGCCCUCGUGCAGCACCAGCAGCGGGAGCAUCAACGGGAGCAGCAGGAAGCCGCGCGCGCGCGAAUGGCGCUCGCGCAGGCGCAGGCGCAGGCGGCCGCGGGGGCGUGGCCGGCGGCGCAACCCGCCGCCUCGUGGCAUGCGCUCGCGGCUGCGGCUCAUGGCGAAGGGGGCUCCCGCGGGCAGGCGCAGGCACCAGGAGCCAUGAUGAUGCAGCAGCAGCAGCAGCAGCAGCAGCCGCCGGAGACGAUGAUGACUUCCGGUUCCGGGGCCUGGCAGGCGCUCGCAGCGGCGGCACGCGGCGAGGGAGGCUCCAGCGGGCAGGCGCUGAUACAGGCCGUCAUGAUGCAGCACGUGCAGCGGCAGCGGCAGCAGGAGGAGAUGAUGGCUGCGGCGGCGUUGCGCGGCGACGGCGUUCCCGGCGGGCAGGCGCUUCCGCCGAACCCGGUGAUGCAGCAACAGCAGCGACAGCAGGAGGAGAUGAUGGCAGCGGCAUCGCGCGGCGAGGCGAGCCCCGGCGAGCAGGCGCUGGCGUCGGCCGCGUUGAUACGUCAGCUACAGCUGCUGCAGCAACAGCAGCAGCAGCAGGAAAUGAUGGCGGCGGCCGAUGGAUGGCAGCAGCUGGGCGGGCGGCAGUUGUAUGCGCCGCCGCGCGGCGACGGAAGCUCGAGCUCGCAGGCGGCGCUGCCUCCUGCGGUGCUUCAGCAGACAGGGCAGGGGCAGACCAGCAGCGCGGCCGCUGGGAUGGCGCUGCCGUGGCGUGGGGGCGCCGCCGAGGGAAGGGAGCAGUAG